GAGCAAGUUCACUAAGAUUGCAGCUUUGAUUAUUGCAGGUGUGAGAUGCAGUAGUCACUUUCGCGGCUGAUUAUAAUGGUAAAAUAAAUAUGCAGCUUCAACGGCAUGUCAAUGUACUCUUGCGAGCUCGUGGCAGGAAAAUUUUUGAAAUGCUAUGCUUGCUACAUUGGAAAUACUGACUAUAUUUCGCAUUAAAAGAUCGCUCUUAAAAUUCGUUCGUUCGCUUUUUACUUCUUUUAGUUAAAUAUGCUCAUAUCAACAAUUGCCUGCAUGUAUACACACCAUAAGUGAAUUCAUACAAACCUGCAUGUUUCCUUAGCUUAAAUAUUCGCAGCACUUAUGUAUGUAUGUAUGUAUGUACAUAUGUACAUAUGAGCGUGCGCAUUUUGAGCCGCUACUAUUGACUUUAGCUGUGCGACUUGUUUUCUGCAUCUAUCAGAGCCAGUUUAAACAAUAGCAUCUUUGUUUUAUUUCGCAUCCAAAGCAGACACGCGACAGUUGGUUCCAGUUUUCGCAAGCUUUUCGCGGCCGGUUUUGUCGUGUUUGACAGUAAUUUUUGCUGGUGUUACAUUAACAUCAUUACGAUCGCUGUUUGUUGAAUUAGCUGAUGCUGGUUGGGAGCAGUUUGCAGACUAGCUUUGCAAAAUAAAAACUUUAAAUGAAUUUAAGUUGUUCGCAUACUUUUUAUUAUUUAACCAUAUACUCACUUAUAUUAACUAUUUUUCUUUUAAUAAUACAAAAACACACAUUAAAGACAGCUAAAUAAGUUCACUAACCAAUCCACUAUGCAAGGUUCCACUUCCCCGUGGGCAGGCAGGCAUACCACUGCAAGAGCGCACUAUUUACUUAAUUUCCCACUUUGUAUACAGACUGGUUUGAGUUGCCCGCGCUGAUUUGACUUCCGAGCUUCCGUUUUUGGUAUAUGUGUGGAUAACUAUCCCACAUGCUUUCUUUUCUGUUGUGACGCUUUUCCUAUGAUAUAAAUGGCAUUGUGCGCCUGCUGGAGUUUUAUUUAACGUUCCGACGCGGUGAUUGUACUAUAUUACGAGUCAGUAAGCGAAGCUGUAUCGAAGUUAUCGUUAUUUUAAAAAGUACAAAUACGUGAAUGAUGACUAAAAGCGUGAUUUAUUUUCAUUGGCUAUUGAUGUUAGGCAUCGUUGCAGCAGCACCAUCAAAGCUAUCUGAGCGACAGUCAAUGUCUCACAGUCAAGCAGCAACAGUUACUGUUACACCAAAAUAUCCUAUUGAAGAUAUGCAACUUAUGCAACCGCAUUAUAUUACACUUGAGGAUUUCGAAUCAUUGCUGCGUCGUGCGGGUGAACUCUUCCGACCAAAUGCCUACCUUUCAGACGAAUCAAAAUCAACGGCAUCACAGCAAAAAAGUCAAUUACAACCUUUAGUUGCUGCUUCUGAAGUGGCAACUCCCUAUCGGCAAAUUCAACCGCCCUUGGUGCAACCGUUCAAUUUCUACAUGCCACUCUUCGAUUAUGAUCAUGGCAAAUUGGAUACCAAGAGUAAACGUUUGGAGCAUAUUGUGCCACCACCAGCUCCAGGCAAAGGAGGUGAUCAAACCAAUUACUAUGCUGCAAAACCUAAAAAGUUACCGAAAAAAUUUAAUGCUGGUACCAAACAAGUUAAUGUAAAAUGGUUAAAUGCUUUCGAAAAGGAAGCCUUAAGCGAUGCUAGUGGUCGAUUGCCGAAAGCAGUAUAUUUACUUCACGAUGAACGCAAUCGUAUUAAUUUUGACGACUCUUUCUUUGGCGUUGAUAUGCAAGUGAAAAUACCCAAUAAUCAACCCCAUAAGGAGGAACAUGUCGAGAGCAAUGGUACGCAGGCGCAAGAAGAGUUUCUCAAUCAGGGGGAAGAGGGUGGCGAGGAGGACUUAUUGGCUUCGGCCGCUGGGCAAGUAGCACACCGCGUGUCCAAAGUCUAGUUAAAAGGUUCAGUCAUAAUUUAUUAUUAUCAUGUAAAUCAAAUGUACAUAAAUAGGUAUCUUGUAAAAAUUUACCAAAAAACCAAUGUGUGUGGGGUAUAAUUUCAAAUAAAAUCAACACAUCUGAAAUGGCGAUGCAAAUAUUGGCAGCAAAAUCACUUGUGCUUUAGAUACCAGCAGAUACCAGUCUUUGAGAGGUUAAAAUGACAUCCAAUAAUUUAAAGUUUAAUAGUCGAAU